AUGGACUACAAAGUUGUAGUGAAGACCAUCUCACUGUGGCUGGGGUCUGUGCUGGUGGACAUUGUCUACCCAGACCAGACCUACACCGUCACGGGCCAUACCAUCUUUGAUAACCUGUAUCUGGUCCAGGAUCUCCUGGAGCUCGGGUGGCAGAGUCCCCUGCAGUACGCCAGAGGUUGGUCCUGGCAGAAGUCACCAGAGUUGGAGAACGAACGGGGAGACUGGCUGGAUCCCCUGACGCUCGCUCAGCGCGUGAGGCUCUCCAGGCCUCGUAUUCCCCGGCACGUACUUCAGGAGGUGAGGGCCACUUUACCGCCCGCUGCUCAGGCCUACCUCGACUGGGUCCUCUUCGAGGGCAAGGCACUUCUCAAAGCGGGCCACUGCCCGAUGGAGGAUGUGGCACCAUUGAGAGGACAAAUGGAUGAUGACAGCUUCAGCAAGGAGUGCUCCUUUGACCAUAUUGAUACUAUAAUGAAGUCUCUCCAGCUCGUGAUCUCCAUACCUACCUUCAUUGUUGGUUUGAUUCUGAAUUUGAUAGCCCUCUGGGUGUUCUACUCUUGGAAGAAACAGACAGAAUCAUCAAUCUACAUGAUAAACCUUGCUCUUGCGGAUCUGCUUCUUCUUUUCUCACUUCCUUUCAGGAUGUACUAUUCCAGAAAAGAGCAGCAGAGACUCUUAUGCAAAUUUAUAGAGGCUCUCUACUUCGUCAAUAUGUAUGGGAGUAUUUUCAUCAUUGUCUGUAUUAGCUUGGACAGAUAUAUUGCUAUAAGGCACCCACUCAAAGCCAGAGCUUUCCGAUCCCGCAAACAGGCAAUAAUGGUAUGCUGUUGCAUUUGGGUUAUAGUUUGGCUUAGCAGCAUCCCCAUCUAUGACUUCCACAACAAUGACAAAGUCAAGUGCUUCCACAAUAUGUCAGAACAGGCGUGGAGCAUUCCCAUCAUCCUUUCUGUUGAAGUCUUUGGAUUUCUCAUCCCUUUGACUCUGAUGGUUUAUUGCUCUGUUCAGAUCAUCCAGACUCUUUGGAGGCGUAAAAACCAGGAGCAGAAGUGGGUUGAGCAAGCUGCCUCUAUAUGGAUCAUUUUAGCCAACCUCAUGGUGUUUGUUGUCUCCUUUACACCAUUCCAUCUUGGGAUCUUUCUGCAGUUCCUGGUAAGACAGGGCAUCAUUGUGGACUGCACUGUGAAACAAAGCAUUAGUCUCUUCCUACAGGUGGCAAUGUGUUUAGCUAAUGUCAACUGCUGCCUGGAUGCCAUCUGUUACUACUUUGCCGCAGAAGAAUUUCGCAAGAAAUUUAUUUCUGCCAUUCCAGCUAGUGUUUUGAACUGA